CACCAAAGGGGGGCGGGGGGGAGGAUGCUGCUGUGUGUGUCCGGGAGAGACCCUCUAAGGUUAGGCAGUGUAUAUGUGUAGCCAAGCAUGCUGGGGCUUGUAGUUCUUCUGUGACCUCUGGAGGAGAACAUGCUGCAUCAUCCAGUGUGACUGCCCCUGUGCUGUGACCGCAGAAUGAGCCCGGGAGCAGGACAUGGGAUUUCCUUCCGUUCUGAUCUCUAUAUUUCAUUUGAUGCCAUGUGGAAAUGAUGGGAUGGCAGCGCACAGCGAUCUGGAUGAGACCAUGUGUAAGAGGACGCUGUGCCCGCAUCCGCAGUGCUGGGUGUCCUUCCGGAGGAUAGAGCAGGGUAACCCGCGUUACCGGCCGCCCGGGUCUGUCACCACAUUACCCUCACAGGAUGCAGCAGGUGGACUCCCGUUCCUGAGUGUAACCACUUUACCAAGUUGCCAAACGCCACCAAAUGACAAUGAGCUUCAUCAGUUCCACGUGUCCUCCUUACUGACAUUCAGCGCAGAGUCUGCUCCUAGAGAGUGCACCCUGUACAGCAGUGCUGCCACCUGCAGUAUGGACAAAGUGCUCUUCCCGGGUAUGAACUCGCUCAGGGGGAUGAGAGGGCCGUCUAGAAGCCCGGAAUCUUACGCCUCUUCUCACAGGAAGACUGCGCAGGUGGAUGUAGUUGAUCCCUACUUCAAAGAUGGAAGAAGCAGACACAUGACCAUGAUAUGGGUGCCAAACGCCCAGCAGAAACCUCAGACGAAAGACAGCGAGAAACCACCGAAGGUCCAGAUUAAAUACCUGACACUUGCAGACAUGCCUGGAGGAGAGAAGGGGAAAACCUGGAACCCAGCUCUGCCAGCACAUAGGAAGAAGAAACCCCCGACAGGUGGGUGCCCCCAUAAUCUGACCCUUGUCAGCUCCUCACCGCCCGUCCCGGCUCACACAAAGACCUGGAUGUCAGGAAGCUCCGUGAAGGACCACCCCGAGGUGAUGACAAAGAACAGGAGAAGGCUUUAUGACCAUUUCCCAGACAUGGGUUCCCAAGCUUAUCCAGCUCUUGAUAACACAUUACUGGAGAACUGGCGUGUGGUUCUGCAUGAUACCAGGGCGAGGCGCCAGCACAGCCCAGCUGUACCGCACACAGGAGGCCCGGUGUACAGGCUGGAUGAGCAGCAGUUUGCAGCCCUGGAUAACAUGGAGAUGAAUUUGGACAGCAUCAGGAACCAGUAUUACCUGUGGAAGAAGUAUAUUGACAUGACUAGACCCAGCCGCAGAAUAAAGCCACCUGAUGACAGAGCAGACAAGAGGCAACGAUACCACAAGCUGAGGGCUCCUGGACAGCUUGGCUGCAUAGGACUUUUCCCCUACCACCUAGAUUCUGCUCUCAGUUACCACAAGCAUCAGGCCCCAGAGACACCGGAAGGGGUCACUGGACGCCCACCCAGAGCAGUUUCACCUGGCUUGUGCUUCUCUUUUGCUCCUGUUCGGCUCAGUAAAAAAAUCCCAAGAGUACUCCAGUGCCCCAUGUGGAUUCAAAGAAAAGGAUUUAUCUGUGCUAAUAACUUUGCAAUGAAGGGGAAGAGGAAGACGCUGAAUGUGACGGAUGUGUUGGCGGCUGUGGAGGAGAUGGAGUGUCAGCGGUUCCUGACGCCACUGAAAGAGUCCCUGGAAGCUUACAGACGGGACCAGAAGGGAAAGAAAGAAGCCACCGAGUUGAGGAAGAAACACAAGGACAAGAAAACUGACGGUGACGACCCAGAUCGGAGUCGGGAAGAAGAGGUAGAGGAAGAAGAGGAAAAGAUGGAUGAGGAUGAAGCAGCGGAAGAGGAGGAGGUGGAGAACUGAGGAGAAAUCGCCCGUUUUGCCGGACAUUGGGGCCACAUUACUAUGACUGUAAGCUCAGUGCCACCAGGAAGAUGUUUGGGCAGCCACCUCUCAUCUGUCAGACCUGGUAUCUUAUUCCGUCUUCUUCAUAGCUGGUUGGGGGCCACAGCUUAGGACUGAUUCAUGGCUGGAGAAUUGUUCACCUGGAGACGAGGUGUCUGCAGCCGACUGGUUACGCCGGCACCUAGACAAGUUUUGCUUUUUGUUAAUAAAUAAGGAGUAUAUGUUUGUUUCUA